AUGGCCUCCGUCACAUGUCUGGUUCAGCCGUCUCUGGCUAUUUCUAAGUGCGAGCCUGUUGUCACAGAGCUCAAGGGAUGCGACUCACCUAUAUACCCAUCUGAGAUGGCCAAGGUCAAGAGAAUCGAUCCACCUGGAAAUGUGCCCAAAUUGUCAGAUCGCCGAGAAUCGCAGACAUCGACCUCUAGUUCGAGCCACCCUCGCUCGGCUUCCCGCAGCACAGUGCGAUCGCGGCCCAACAGCCGUCGCAGUUCCUUCCACUCGCCGCGCCGGGCUGUGCCCAACGCUGCUAUCGUGCCUGUCACAUCACCUCGCACUUCCACGCAGGACAAGCGCGAGUCACUACUAGCGCUACACCGAGAGUCAUGCCGUCUAUUCCAAGGCGAUGGAUCAAACAGAUCUUCAACCGAGACAAGAUCUUCUCUCCGCCGGACAGCGUCAACUACAUAUAGAUCUCAGCGCGAGGGCCGUGCAUCGACAGAGAAAGGCAGCUCAGCGCCCUCGUCCCCUAUUGCACCUUCAUAUUCCAGCUUCCGCUUUGAGUCAGAGUCUACUUCACCCACAUCGGCGAACAUGCCGCACUUUAUCACAUCGAGAGAUCGAUCAAAUACCUUGCCCAGCAGCAAUCACCAUCACAGCCCUUCGGCCUCGUCCAUCCACGUCCCGGCGACAGUAAUGGAAUGGACCUCACCCGAUACUCGGCGGCGUGAGUAUGAGAAGAUCGACCGGGCAAGCAGUGGUGUCCGCGGGCUCUGGCGCCGCGUUGCGCCUCGCUGCUUCCAAACCCGCGGCUCUCGUACCCCGUUCUUCGAGGAAGGCAAGUCUGAGCGCGAAGGCAGCGUACGUCGGUUCCGUAUGGAUCUCCCUGAAGACGAAGAGCCACCAGAUUCAUCUCGAGGAAAGCCGCAAGUCCAACUCUUCGAUCUCCUAGGCAAGACCUCGAUCUCCAACCCAGAUCCAAACCCCCCUGGUAGCACUCGAAAACGCUGGGCAUCUCUGCGUUCAAAGUCUUCUCUUCCUAAUGCCUAA